AUGGAUGCUGAGGAGUGUGAUCGCGUUCUACGUAUAGUGAUUAUUCUGAAGUUCAACCUGGUCCAGAAAUUCAAAUUGGUGAGCAAGUCUGACAACUCUCUUUUCAUAUACCACCAGGGAUCACACACAGCAUAUUUAUUGAUCCAUGUGGAUGACAUUAUCCUCACCACCUCGUCUGAUGAUCUUCACAAACGCCUGAUGUCUUCUCUUGCUGGUGAAUUUGCAAUGAAAGAUUUGGGUCCCUUGACUUACUUUCUCUGUAUUUCUGUCACUCGCACAGAGGCCGGGUCAUUUUUGCUACUGGUGGACCACAUGAUCGGUAAAAUGAUGUUGAUGGCUCUUACAGUUGAACAAUUGUUUAGUCUUCUAACUCUGACAUAUAAGUACGAUGUUAAAGAUUGUAUGAAGUUUAGUUGUGACCAAUUGAGGAGAGGAACUAUUCAAACACGACCAUUGCAAGUUGAGACGAAAGGUUACUUUAUUUCCAAGAAUAGAGACUUGGAAAGAUUUGAGUGCAGUCUUGUUGGAUUUCCCCUUAAUAUCAUUGAGGCAAUUAUUAGCAGUGAUGUUCUAGAGGUUAGAACAAAAGAUGUUGUCUACAUCUUUCUGUGUAAAUGGACAAAGGCUAAGUAUAGUCAAAAGUCAAAGACAUGUUCGGCGUGCUGUUGUCAGCCAACUUGCAUCGCGUCUUCGGUUCCGUUACAUGAUGAGACGUUAAAUAAGCUCUCUUUAAAUAGUGACUUUGAUCCACACGUCACCAUGCCGCUAGUUAUGGAUGCGCUGUUCUUUAAAAGUGAUAGCUCAUGCGCCUCCACUGCUAAUCCGAAGUUCGUUGAACAGUUCUAUAAGUAUAGACCUGUCAAGGUGUUUAAGUUCAACCUGCCACAGCAUGGAUGUAUUGUUUACCUUGACAUACCACACACGGGUUGUAGAAGCAUGCUACCAUUAGGCGAUGUAUACUCACAAAAGAUUGAACUGGGUCAACAUGGAAUUCACGUGUUUGCGGCAUGUCAACAUGACCCGCCACAAAAGGAGCCGUCUUUCGGGCUUUUUUUGGAUCUAAUAACAAACAACGAGAUAAGUGUGGAUUUUGAGUUUGAUGCGAGGGCAAAGCCCUCGGGGAUGUUUAAAGUGUUACAUAGCGCGAGGAGCUGCAGGCUAUGGAAAGGCCAGAAACAUGGGGCCCGAAAUUUGUUCGAUAUGUUUUGGAGUUCUUUCAUUGCAGAAGAGAGAGAUUAUUUAUGUGGCGGCACCCUCCACUUGAGGGUUGUUAACAAACAUGAUAUAAAGAUCGAACACCAAACAAAACAUAGAAAUAACGACAAAAAAAGGUGA